AUGGCCACCGCCAAUAAACGUUCGGACAGCCUCAUGGUGAGCGAGGUGCUCGCCUUCAUACAGAGCAAGCUGGACACGAUGGACGUGAUCAGCCUCGAGCAGAUCUGUCUGACCAGCUUCAAGGAGGCUGAGCUUGCCGCCGCCAAGAAGCUGCUCGCCGACACCGCCACCACCGCCGUGCGCCUCGUGCCGCGCCGCGGCGAUGGCUCCAUGAAGAAAGACCUGCAGGACAUCAUCCGGGUGUUCCAGGAGACCGAUCCGGAUGAUAUCCCAACGUACGUGGCUCGGGACCUCUACAAGCUGCCGCCGGUCACAUUUGACCAUGUUGAUGUGACCCGGCUACUCAAGGACAUUGUCCUGUUGAGGGCCGAGAUGGCUGAAAUUCGAGGCAAGUUGGAAGCCUCGGAGCUCGCCAGUGCGGCGAUGCAACGUGAGUUGUUAUCGCUGCGGAAUGCUGACGCUGCGAUCCACGCGACACCGCCUUCGCCGGCGCGUCAACUGCAAGCGCAGCAGAAACUACAGGCAACUGACACCGAUUCGCCGCGGGUAAAUGACCCGCCGCCUGCGACCUACGCCAAGCGGACACGUGACGCCGCGUGCCCGCUGCGAGCCGCCGCCCCCGCGCCGCCACGCCCCGCUGCUGCUGCACCCUCCACCACCAGGAGCCAGCAGGAGGCCGCGCCCGCGCCCCCCCCGGCUGCCGGAGCUCCGGCGGCGCACCCCCGCGCCCCGCGCAACGCGGUCGUCGACAAGGAUGGCUUCAUCUUGGUGGAGAAAAGGAGGCCCCGUCGCCGCAUCCGCAACAAGCGCGGCACCGCCCCGGCUGCCUGCUCGCUGAAGGCCGCCAUGCCCACGGUCGACAUAUACGUCUCCCGCGUCCACGCGAAUAUGGCGCAUGACAACAUCGUGCGCUAUAUCAAGGAGAAAAGUGUCGGCCGCACCGAGACGCCACCCCAAGUGCUGGCCAUCGAGAGACUGCAGUCCGCCAAGCAGACGGACUUUAAGUCGUUCAGAAUUCGCAUUCCCGCCGCCCAUCAGAAGGUUCUCCUGAGCAAAGACUUUUGGCCAGCGGGAAUAGUGUUUCGACGCUAUAGGGAGGCGAAAAAGACUAUGAAAUCCCCCGAUAGUGCUAGAGAAUAA